AUGGACAUUACAGAGGCCUUUGUGAAAAAAGAUGUCCCAACAAUUCAAAUUUCGGCUGGCAAUGUCUCGGCCGACAUUGAGACCUUUGUCCGCAGCAGAGUUGAAGAACUUCGAUCUGGGCAGCAUGGAAAGACCCUCUACAUUGAUAGCAAUGAUUUCGCAGAAGAAAUUAUCCGGAAACUCGCUCAAAAGGCCGAAGGAAUGUUUCUUUGGGUCAACCUUCAACUGGAAAAUCUCUGUCAAGCUAGCAAGGCUCGAAAAGAUGAGGUGGUGAAAGAAGCACUGAACACAUUACCCCGGAACUUGCCAGACACCUACAUUCGAAUUCUGGGGCGGAUUGAAACUCAAUCUGCAUACAUGAGAGAUCUGGCAAUCAGAAGUUUGGCCUGGGUACUCUAUGCUCAGAGGCCUCUCAGAACUUAUGAAUUACAAGCCGCUCUUGCAGUCAACUCGAAAUGUAAAACUGAAGAAGAUUUACGACCCGACUCCAAAGAAGUUAUUCUUGAGGCUUGUGGCAAUCUGUUGGAAGAAGCCGAUCAAGUGAUCCGACCUAUCCACUACACAGUACAGGAGUUCCUGACGACCGUUGCUCACGGGCAACCACAACAUGCGAUACGAAGGCAGUUUCUAGACUCGAAAUCUGUGCACAAAAAUUUGAGUCUGGAUUGUCUUAUGUACAUUGACCUGAUGUCGUUUAGCAAGCCAGCGGGUGGCAAAUGGUACCUUUUCGACCGACUUGAAGAUCAUGAUCUUGCUAUAUAUGCAUAUACGAGCUUCGACUAUCACAUGUGGAAUUGUGGUGAUCCUUCUCCUGAUGCUAUGAAUAAACUGGAGAGACUUUUGCAGCAAGACAGUGCAUAUCUUGCAGCGUUGCUACAGAUAACAAUCCUAUCGAAUGACGAUAAUCCCUGGAGCUCUACACACAAGUUUAACAGUAUAAAUUUUCUGGUAACCCCUGGUACAAUCAUAUAUAGCACCAGGCUCUACAACAUUCCCGCCAUCAGACAACGAUGGGUGGGUCAAUCGCCACCCAUAUAUGCUUUGCACCUUGCGGCCUCUGCAGGACUAGUCGAUGCAAUCAGGCGACUUCUAGGAGAUGGUUUUGAUAUUGACGAGAAAGACGGGGUUGGUUGUACCUCAAUGUAUUACGCAUGCCAAAAUGGCCAUCUGGAUAUUGCUCAGAUACUCGCCAGAGAAGGUGCAGAUAUCCAUGCACGAGGCGGUUACUUGGGCAAUGCACUACAAGCAGCUUCAUUCCGAGGGCAUACUCAGAUGGUCAAGUUUCUGCUUGACAACAUGGUUGACGUUAAC